AUGACGUUCCGCAAUAAGUUUACUCGGCGGCUGAAUGACAGCGUGAGCCCCCAUUACAGAAGAAGUCCUUCCCGCAGACUGCGCUCAAGAAGAUCUCAGUUUUCGCCCACACCUUCGCCCACGCAGGCGUACCUUUCCUAUCAUGACAUUCUUCUCACGUACGAGGAUAUCAAGGCGCUUAAGAAUGACUGGUUGACCGACAACAACAUUGCCUUCUGGGAAGAAUUCCUGGAACGUGAAGUGCUUUCGAAGUACCCCCAAGCACACAUCGUCCUCCUCCGACCGUCGAUGACUUUCCUCCUGAUGAAGAAUAAGGAUACCGAGAUGGUUCGAUCCGCCUUACCUGACUUCCGACAGAUAACGCACAUAUUUCUCCCUAUUAACGACAACCGAAACGUCUCACAAGCCGAAGGUGGAAGUCAUUGGUCCUUGCUCCUUGUGAGUAUCAUCGAUGGCGUUUCAUUCCACUACGAUUCGCUAGACGGUUCAAAUAACGCCGAAGCUUGGGAGGCAUCUAAGCGAUUAUCCAGCGUACUCGGCAGAUCCCUACGAUUCCAUUAUCUACCCGACUCGCCGCAGCAAGAAAAUGGAAGCGAUUGUGGUGUCUUUGUCUGUAUAGUCAUGCGACACCUACUUGUCAAGCGUCUCCUGGCCGUCAAUGCCGGGGAGAAGAUUUCCAUGAGCAUGGCCCACAAAGCUAUCGAUAGUAUCGGAGCUCGUAAGGAAAUGCUUAAGAUAAUCGAGAAUCUGCGCAAGGAGGGAGAGCGAAGGCGUCUCACACCGAGCAAUACGCCACCCCGAAUCGAAUAG